UUUGUUUACGCGCUUUUGAAUAGGGCGCUGAAUGAACGAUGUAUAUAAACUGUUGAAGUGCUUCAUCGGCCAGCAGUCAGAGCUAACUAGCGUUUUAUGUAAGAACUCACAAAGAGUGCUAUAGGACGCCGCGAGGCAGUGUGUACAGAAUACUCGUACAUUAUUGGAUCAUAUAACUCGAGGAUUGACAACGUGCGAAAUAACAAGGGAUGUUUUCAUCGAAAGAGAUGGAUCAUCUGGAGAGCGAAGUGGAUGAUAUAUUUGGUGUAGUGUCGCUGGAAAAAAACUUCAAGUAUUACGACUAUUCUCCACUGGCGAAAAAGCAUUAUGAUGUUGAAGAAGAGGACAUUAGUGACGAAGUAUGGCCGUUGACGAUCUUUCUGACCCCGCCGUCGUCGCCAGACAGUAGUCCGACAUACGAAUCCAUCCUAAACGAGAAACCUAACGAAAAUGACGAGAUUUUAUCAGGAGCGUCGCGCACAAAGGAUUUGAAAUGUAUGCUAAUUAGAGAUUGUAUGUGGAAUGGCGAAUCGCCUAAGAAAGGACGAAUCUUUGAAAAAUUACGACCGCUCACGAAAACACCGCCACUGAUUGACUGUAAUCUACGAAUGUAUGUGGAUCCAAGCGAGAUCUGGCCUUUCUAUUUUAACGAUCAACUAAAGGCGGGAAAAACAGCUACUCUAGACAAUAACAAUGAUAACACAGACGAAGAAGUAGAAGUUGAUGUUGUUGGACUCGAAGGAAAUCCAAAAAUGGACGCCGUAAAAAAGGAAGGAAAAGAAAUAAAAUCGGAAAAAAGCGAGGAAUGCGACAGAGCGGAGUCGAGGAUCGUGGAAGAAGCGGAAAGCACUCCACAAUGCGAGAACACUGAUCAUGAUUAUUCAUUUAAACUUCGGUCUGGAGUAAAAAGGAGAAGAUCGAGUUGUAGCGAGUCUGAUAAAGAAAACUGUUCUGAACAAAAAACAAGAGUAUUAUCAGGAGAUGAAUCUGAUCCCGAGUGCGAGAUACUUGGUCGCGCUACACACAAUGUUUUAGAACGGAAAAGAAGAAACGAACUAAAGCUACGUUUUCAAUACCUGCGGGACUCAAUUCCUGAUAUAUGUGGCAACGAUCGUGCUCCGAAAGUUUCAAUUCUACAGAAAGCGUACAGCUACAUUUUACAGCUGCAAGCUGAGGAAAGAUCUCUUGUACAACAGAUUAAGACACAAAAGAACCGCAAAGAUCAGCUCCUUAGGAAAGUCUUAGAAAUGCAAAACCGUAAUUUGUCUUUUUAGGACAAAUGAAUGACAGAUCGAUCAGCUGUAUCUUUGAGUGGUUUUCGCGUUCCAUUCAUUGAUUAUAAGAUAAGCUUGAAAUGCUCAAGGAGAAUUCUCUGAACAAAGAGGACGAUUAUUCAACUUGUUGAUUUGUCGUGGUUUAAUACAAAGCUAAUCACGCAAUUGAAACUGCUGAAUACUGCAUGUAAGUAUAAACUUAGUUAGAUAGUUGUAGCCUAUUAUAUGCGAAAAUGGAGCAUGAAUUAUGCGAAAAUAUCAUUUUCAAAUCCAAAAAAAUAAGAAAACCACUAUAUUCUUUAUAGCUGUUUAGUAUAGCUAUAAUUUCAACGUAUUAUUCCUAUAUGUAUAUGCAAAGCGCAUAACACAAAAAAAUAGUGAAUAGGAACAAUUUUUUAUGGACAACAAAUGACAUAAACUGUAUAAUUAUGUACAUAAUCAUGUUGCGAAAGGCAAAAUGUUGCAUUAUCUAUAAACAUGCGUAUAUAGGAUGUUGUUUCUCUAUGUCGCCAGUAUUGGGAUCAAAAUGACACUGUUUAUCAUUGCUUGAUCUUUAUGUUUUCAUUUUUCUCAUGUUCGUCAACUAUAAUCAUUAUAAUUAUGCACUGUUUGCGAUAACUCUAAUAGCUUGAGAUAAGCUGAUACGAUGUUUCUCGACCGCCUUUAUGCAAAAUAAGCAUUUCGUGUGGUCAGCUUGUGUGCAUGUGUACAAUAGUCUUUUUUCCACUAGACCUAUAGGAAAAAAAUAGUCCAAAGAACUGCUUUCAAUCUUGACUAGAUUAAACUUCAGAAUGAAGGAACCAAUAUUGGUGGCAUAGAGAACUCCCUAGCAAUGACAUCUCAUUGAAUGCGACAUUGUUCAUAUUUAUAUUUUAUCAAAAAUAGUACAUAUUAUACAAAUUGCACAGUCAUAAUCAUUGCACACACUGUAUCAAGACAUAUAUAGCACAUAUAUAUAUAUAUAUACCAAUUGCACUUUGAUGUACCCAAUCAAAUUAAUGAGCACUACAUGCAAGUUUUAAUGCAUUACGAAAUGGCAAUUUCUGAUUGAAUGAAGAUGAAUUUCAAUGAAAGUUAAACCAAGGUUUUGAAAAUUCACCAAUUCUUGUAAAACCUGAAAAGAGGAAGGCGACUUUUGGUUGUUCAACUUGUAGUUAUGAAAUUUAGUUUUCAAUUUCCGACUUGAAAAGAUUCAUGAAAAUACAGUCCUGUACAAAUACUCAAAAUCCACUUUGAAAUUGUAUCAACUCAUUCGGGAGUAACUGAGAGUACGAAUGCGGGUCAUCCGUGAGCUAUAAGAAUUGUUUGCUUUCUCGCCUCGAAGUUGAGGUCGUCGGGAAUAGCAUCAAAAAUCUAUUUUGAAAGUCUGAGACAACGACUUUUGCAUGGUAGCGUUAGUGCAAACAAUGCACAAUAUAAUGAAAUCGAUCUCCUACCCAUAGAGCUGAAACAAUCUUAAAGUUAAACAAAGUAAGCGAUACUAUUAUCGACAUAAUUACUGCAUGUUUUUCUGGCAGCCAUGCAUGCAAGCAAAAAUUAACUGCCCACAUACGGCGAAUUUCCCGCCAUUUUCUGCUUUGUGCUAUUAUUUCGAAACGCGGAAAGCCCCCAUACUGAUUUAACUUUCUUAAUUGUAUGUAAUUAUAUAUACACACUGUUUAAGAAGUGAAUGAAUGCGCUGAUUUUAUAAUAAUCAUUUAGAACAAAUAAAUUCGCUUUUAGAAGGCGAGCAUGUAUAGUUUUUAGUCGAAUAGCAUAUGAAUCAAUUUUUAAUGCACAUAAUAAUGUAAUGCACAAUAAUAUGUAACGAAUUAUAUAUAAUUAUAUAGUAAUUGUAUAACGUGCACGUCAAUAAAUUUCCAUA